CCAGAAUCAGACAUGAGCGUUAAGGUGCCGUCCGUUGUGCUGCCCAGCGGGGCGCGGAUGCCGAUGCUGGGGCUGGGUGUGUACAAGGCAGCAGCAGGCGAAGAGGCCUACGAAUCUGUUCUGUCGGCCUUGCGUCUAGGCUACCGCCACAUUGACACCGCGCGGCUGUACGAGAAUGAGGCGGACGUGGGGCGCGCUGUACGGGACUCUGGAAUCCCUCGCGAGCAGAUCUUCAUCACGAGUAAGCUGCGCGAGUUCCACUGGGGAUACGACAAGGCACUGGAGGGUGCGCGCUCCAGCAACGAUCUCAUCGGCUGUAGCUACAUCGAUCUGUUCCUGCUGCAUCAGCCCUUUGAUCCCAAACUACGCGCUGAUACAUGGCGCGCACUCGAAGAUCUGCAGAAGGAAGGCGUACUGCGUGACAUCGGUGUGUCAAACUUUGGAGAAGCGCAUCUGGCCAAACUGGCCGAGACGUGGAAGGUCAAACCGGCUGUGAACCAGAUCGAAUUGCAUCCGUGGCUCACGAGACAGUCGCUGGUCAACUAUUGCGAGGAGAACGGGAUUCAUGUCCAGGCCUUCUCACCUCUGGCGCGAGUGAAGAAGAUUGACGACUCGAGACUUAUUGAACUUGCCAAGGAAGUACAGGCAACACCCGCUCAGGUUUUGAUUGCGUGGGAUCUGGUUAAAGGAUACACCACAGUGCCCAAGUCGGUGCACGAAGCGAGACAGAAGGAAAACCUGGAAGCGGCCAACGUGAAGCUCACACCGGAACAAGUGACACGUCUGGAUGCAUUCAACGAGGACUUUUACUCGGGCACAGACCACGUCAGUAACUCUGCUGUCUAAGAACAGGAUUUCACAUUCAGUUUAGCAUCGUUACAGCCUUCUGUAGUUUCUAACUGGAGACUGAACACGUGCUUUUUGUUGUUUUCUAA